UGUAAGUGGCAGAACCACGGAGUCCGUCAUGGAGAAUGCAGGGCUCCUAAGUGUCCUUGUGUUGGCAGGCCUGCCAGCUAUAGUACAAGCUCCAACUUAUAAAAUAUGUGGGGAUUUAAAUUCCGACAUCACGUUGUCUUUGGCACCUUUGGGUAUCGAGAGGAAAAUAAAGUUUACAUCCCCAAAAAAAGACGUGCUGAUUGCGAAGACUGAAAAUGGCAAAGUGACUUCCAUAUUGAACAACAAAUACAAGCUUCGUGAUAAUGGGACCAAACUGGUCAUAGAAAAUGUGACUGAAGAUGAUGUUGGAAUAUACACAGAUGACAUUACUUUAAAUGAAGAUGGUGAAGUGAGAAAAGAGACCUUUAACGUCACCAUUUGUGGUGGUGAUCAAGAUGAUCAGUCUUCAUUUUCAACUUCAUCUUCUUCGGUUCCAAAUACACAAAGGUCACAUAGAUGGAUAAUGAAAAUGGUCUCCUUGAUAUCGGUGUUGAUAUUAUCUGUGGUGGUGUUGUGGAAGUGUUGGAAGAGGUCAUCAGACUCAAGUGGACAAGGUGACCCGAAUAAUGAAGACCACGUGAAUUUUCCCAUUCAAGAAACAGACACUGAAGAGUCUUCAUUUAUCAAUAUCCAUCAAGGAAAGUCUGAAUUCAAAGACCAAGAAGAUGAUGAGCUCCGUAUAGAAUCAACUGGAACAGAGAAGAUCAUCGUGUCUUCCUCUCUUUAUGAGGCUUUUUAGGAUAUGGAUAAUGUUUUUGCUGCCUAGGCCACUGGUUGGACUGGUAAACAGUCCUAAGAUUUUCCACAAGGCACAUAUUUUUAAAGACUUUGAGAAUGAAAGGUUUUUUUUACUUUGCACCUUUGACUAAGUGGAAGAGCAUACACAGAUAACCAUUUCAAAGAUGUUUCUCAUUAAAGGGGUUGUCCGGGUUCGGAGCUGAACCCGGACAUAGCCAUAAUUUCACCCAGGCAGCCCUCUCUGACAUGAGCA